GCUCGUCCCCAUCCGCAGCUCGGCGAUCGGCAGGCCCAGGCGCGGCAGUCGAGAGCCGAGCGGGGCUGAUGCAACCGGGAGCCGCCGCCGCUAUGGAGCCCGCUCCCGGCCCGCAGGAGAAGUAUCAGCUCAUCACGCGGAACUCACAGGAGGUGCUGGGCGAGGACAAACUCAUGGCCAUCCUGAAGGAACGGGAGCUGAGGAUCUACUGGGGCACGGCCACCACGGGCAAGCCCCACGUGGCUUAUUUUGUACCCAUGUCCAAGAUUGCAGAUUUCCUGAAGGCCGGCUGCGAGGUGACAAUCCUCUUUGCUGACCUCCACGCUUACCUGGACAACAUGAAAGCUCCCUGGGAGCUGCUGGAGCUACGCACCCGCUACUACGAGCACGUCAUCAAAGCCAUGCUGGAGAGCAUCGGGGUGCCCCUGGAAAAACUCAAAUUCGUCCGGGGCACCGAUUACCAACUCAGCAAGGAGUACACGCUGGACGUGUACCGGCUCUCCUCCGUGGUGACACAGCACGAUGCCAAAAAGGCAGGGGCGGAGGUGGUGAAGCAGGUGGAGCAUCCUCUGCUGAGUGGUUUGCUCUACCCAGGCCUGCAGGCCCUGGAUGAGGAAUAUCUCAAGGUGGACGCGCAGUUUGGAGGGGUGGAUCAGAGGAAGAUCUUCACCUUCGCAGAGAAGUAUCUCCCAUCUCUGGGCUAUGCCAAACGUGUCCAUUUGAUGAACCCCAUGGUUCCUGGGCUGACAGGCAGCAAAAUGAGCUCCUCAGAAGAGGACUCCAAGAUUGAUCUUCUGGACCGCAAAGAGGACGUGAAGAAGAAGCUGAAGAAGGCUUUCUGUGAGCCAGGGAACGUGGAGAACAAUGGGGUGCUGUCCUUCAUCAAACACGUCCUUUUUCCCCUCAAAUCAGAGUUUGUGGUCCUGCGAGAGGAAAAAUGGGGAGGAAACAAAACCUACACGGCCUACGAGGCCCUGGAGAAGGAUUUUGCUGAGCAGAUUGUGCAUCCUGGAGACUUGAAAAACUCGGUGGAAGUGGCCCUGAACAAACUCCUUGACCCCAUCAGAGAGAAAUUCAACUGCCCUGAGCUGAAGAAGCUGAGCAGUGCUGCAUAUCCCACCCCGUCCAAAGGCAAGCCUGGAGAGAAAGGCACCAAGAACUCGGAGCCCGAAGAGGUGGUGCCAUCCCGGCUGGACAUCCGUGUGGGCAAAGUGAUCAGCGUGGAAAAGCACCCGGAUGCCGACAGCCUGUACGUGGAGAAGAUUGAUGUGGGCGAGGCCGAGCCCCGCACCGUGGUCAGCGGCCUGGUGCACUUUGUGCCCAAGGAGCAGCUGCAGGACAGGCUGGUGGUGCUGCUCUGCAACCUCAAACCCCAGAAGAUGAGAGGGGUGGAGUCGCAGGGCAUGGUGCUGUGUGCAUCCAGCGUGGGGGAGCCCCGGCAAGUGGAGCCCCUGGACCCUCCAGCCGGGUGCUGCGCAGGGGAGCACGUCUACGUGGAGGGCUACGAGGGCGGCGAGCCUGACGAGGAGCUCAAACCCAAGAAAAAAGUGUUUGAGAAGCUGCAGGCUGAUUUCCACAUCUCCGAGGAUUGCGUGGCGCAGUGGAAGSAGAGGAAUUUCCUGACCAAGCUGGGCACGGUGUCCUGUAAAAGCCUCAAGGGUGGCAGCAUCAGCUAAAACCAGUGCCAGGCCUCUGCUGGUGCCUCUGCCAGGCUCCUGCACCUCYGCCAGGCUCCUCCUGCUCAUCUCCCCACCAGUGCUCGGCCCUGGGGGCUCUGGGACUGAAUUUGCAGCCUCUCCCCKGGGAGCUGCCUCCACCAUCCCCCUGGGCCAGCGCUGGGGACUGGAGGUGCCACCAUUCGUCCCCAUAGCCUUGGGCUCUGCGCUGGGGCCAUCAGUUGUGCCAUGGACUGGACUCUGUGCCCGCUGGGAUGGGCAGGGCUGAAGGGAAAAGCUGCUUUUCAAAUCUCGUGUUGCUGCUAGCAGAGCUGGGGACAGCUGGGGACAGCCCAGCACGCCCCGGCCACGCUCCAAC